AAUUGCGGCAGACUGAAAUGGUUUCAGUUUCUAUUCUCUUUUCAGACUGCUGACUUUUAUUAGGAGUGGAUUGUCUACAUGACAAACAUUAAAUACUCUGCACUUCACAGAGCGAGAGAUACCAUCACACACCAGUAUCCAGUAUUCUGAGAAAUGCCCAGGGAACCAUCUGGAAACAUCUGGAUAGACAUAUUUGAUGAUCUGCAAGAGACAGAGCUAGAGCAAAGGUAUGGAAACACCUGGAUUCUGCAGUUCAACUACAAAUUGAAACCUACUCUAACCCAGGAACAGAGACAACAUGGCUGGAAGAUAUCACAAACCACCACUAAUGCCAGUUUUACCUGUUUCCGAUGCCAACAUUUUUGGAACUCUGGUCGAGUUACACUUAUCUUUCACUACUGCCUUGGUAGAGCCAAAAGAGGCACAGUUUUGCUACGGCCAUUUGAACAAUUGUGCCGAGAGUGUAACAAUAACUUCUAUAUAAAACCUACAUUUAAUGAGGAAAAGGUGGAAACCAUUCUGGAAAAAGUAAUUUUAAAAAUCAGAAAAAACUGCUAUAGAGAAGACAUUGAAACUGAUGGGCAAGGAAGAGACCGACGUGUACUGAGGACCAAACCUCAUGAGAAAGACCUUUGCCAAGCCUGUGCUGAAGGAGUGUGUAAUAAAGAACUUGAUGUUGCCUAGUCUUCAUUUCCGUGUACUUCUCUGUGCUUUGAAUACAACGUUACCAAUG